AGAAAGCAUUCUCCAAAGUACCCCGCGUGCUGUAAAUGUUACCGUUGAAAUGUCUUGUGUUCAAAGAGACACAAGCAAUGAAAUUGUAUAGAUACUUUUUUGUAGUGGUGUAAAAUUAACGACAUUUCGUUACGAGUUUCUGAGGUAUGGUAUACAUCGAUUUUUCUGAAGUAACCAUGGUAUCCCAUCCAGACUUUGGUGUAUUUUCCAACAAUAAUUAUCUCGGAAACAUGAAUCACGUGGCAGUAGGGGCACAGCAACCUGUGACAGAAGUGUUUCAAUAUUAUAAUGGACAGACAAGCCUUCCCAUUCCUGCCUCAUCCACAGGACUUCAAGUUCCUGUUGAGUCUGGGGUCAGUUCGUUUUUUUCAAAUCAACCAUUACCCAACACUCAGGACCAGCAGUCUUUUCAUCCUUCUCUUGUUAAUCAUUCAUUCAAAAAUGGCACACCUUCAAACAUCCAUGCUGUAAACUCAACUCCAGAAAUGUCUUAUCCGCAGGCCCCAACGGCAGGAAUUAUACCUCAACCCCAGGGGCCACUUAUAGGGGCUGUGCCCCACCCCCAGGCCCUACCCACACAAACUUUGCCUGUAGGGGUUAAUCAGUACCCUGGAGGAUUUACUUUUAAUGUUCCAACUCAAGCUAGUCCAAUUACAGGUAUUCCAAAUCAGUCUUAUCAAUCUCGAGGCAUCACACAUUGUCAUGCUCCAGGGUUAGGUGCUGCGUGGCAACAUGCGGUACCUCCACAGAUGCCUUGGGGGGAUGGCAUGAAAAUUCCCUAUGGAGUGACAACAUUUACUGGUGAUCCAGUACCCAGGCCUGGAAUUGUGUCUUUAACUCAAAGUAUGGCAUCCUCUGGACAAACUGUUGAUACAGGAACAAGAGGUAUCAGAAGCUCCUUGAUGUCAGUGAGAGAGACAUCACCAAGACCUAAAAUGCCUUCAGAGUCGCUGAUGAAUUUCUCAUGUAGUGUGCCAUCCAGGAAGCUUAAAAGACAUGCCCAAGAAGACUCUGAUUCAAAGUCAUUGGGCUUAGAUAAAAAAGUGUUUAUUAGUGAGAAGAAGAUGAUGCAGAGCAUGAAAGAAUUAUCCCUAUAUCCUUCCUGUCAACAAUCCCCCACCACACAGUUCCCUCUAACCUGUUCAACAUCAGUGACCCCGAUGACCUCUGAGAGAGCAGAAGGCUUACAACAAUUCAAGGAAAUUGAAGAAAGACUUGUACUUGAUGACUCGGAUGAUGAUGAUUCUGAGCAGGAGCCAUCAAAAGGACCUAAACUGGAGAUGCUAGAUAGUUUCUCACAAGGCAUUCUCAAACCAACCUCCCUGUUGCCACAGAAACUUCUCGAAGAGAUCACGAAUCGACGAAGUAUGGAAGUGGUUCUGUGGAAGCCACCAGGAGAUUUCGCCAAAGGUUUAGCUCCAAAGUUAGAAGACCAGAACCAAAUGAAAUUAUGUUGGAAAAAUCAAAACAGGAAUGAUGACUCAAACCUAAUGAGGUCAAAUCAUGAGUCAAAUGCCAAUCCCUCUGUUCCAAAAGCAUUUAGCACACAAAGUGAAGAAGAAUCGGUUACCAUGGAUACAGAGGUAUUUGAUGAUUUGGAUGACAACAUGCAGUUAUGACACAGAAACUGACCAAUCAACUGGUUUGUAUUGUUUAAAAAGUGUCUUGAUUGGUCACCUUUACAAUCUCAUAAGUUGGUGACCAAUCUCAGAAAUUGGUGGUGUGCCAAUCACAAAAUUACAAUGAGACUGAUACGAUUGGUCAAGACUUGAAAAGAAUCUGAUGAUUGGUAAGUGUAAUCAACCAAUCACAAGCCAGUUUUGAUCUGUGCAGAGUUGUUUGUGUAACAUUAAUGAACCAUUUGCAGACCAGCUAGAAGCAGAAAUAGCAGUUGUAUUGGCUAAAGUGUGUUCUUUGGAGGUGGUCAAAGCUAAAAGAAAGGAGAGGGUUGAAGGUAGAAAGCUUGAGCAACCCACAAGUUUGACUAACCUAGGAAAGGAAGACAGACGGCCUAGAAAGUGAUUGUUUCUCCCAGGAAACAUUUCGUCAGCCAAAGAUUGAGACAUUUGAUGUGUGUUUGUAGUUAGAAAUGUUCAAAAGCUUUUGUAUAUAGAUGCAUACAUUGAAUGAUUAAUAAGAGAAGAUAGAGUAAGGGAAUGUUCAUGGAAUGUUAUUGUUCAGUUAGAGGAGACCUUACAAGACUUGAAGUCUGAAAGAGAAGUGUUAAUGUUUACAUUCACAAUAAAUGGUCAGUACAAAUGUAUUUUAGAAAUCAUCAAUACCAUCCAUGCCUGUUUUCAUGAAACCAUUCUCAUGCUUAAAUUUGAAAUCUGUGCUCAACCUGAUGAUAUUUAAACCAAUAAAAUGGUAAUUUUAAAGAGAAACCAAAACUGAAAAUAAUAUCUCACUUGAGGUCUUUCAGAAAUUUCUUCAAGUCAUUGAAAAAAUGUUUAAGAAUUGAUUUAAUGACAUGUUGAGGUUCAUAGAAAAUUUGCCUCAACACUAUUUUGAGGAGUAUACCUCAUUAACAUCAACAUAACAUUAUCCAAUCCCUAUUUUUAUAUUAAGUGUGAUUUUGAAUUUUUUCUUGCAAGUUCUUUGCAAAAUGGGACUUGUGCAGGUCUAUCAAGGAACUUGUCAUAACAUGCAUGUGUAUCUUCCCACUUCUACUUCAUACUUUUUUUAUUUUGAUCAAUUCUGAAACACAAAAUUAUUCCUGAAAAGGUAUAUGUUUUGAAUAAAUACCAUCAUUUUUACAAAAUAAAUAAAAAAAAAGAGGUCCCAUGCUCAUCAGAGUAACAGAUAGUAACAAGAAUUCCAAUGAAAAAACAACUUAGUGGUGAGAUGCAUGUAAAGUUCACUUCAUUUCUCCUAUUGGUCUAAAGAAUGGAAGGAUCAGUUGUUAAACAUUGAAAUUGGUCCUGCUAUACUUUAUACAAAUAGUUCAUGGAGCAAGGGGAGAUAACCCAAACUUUUAGGAUGACAUAAUUUUUAUGCAAACUGGAAAGUUCAUUGAUAAAUAUUCUCUAAUUAUCUUAGUGGGGAUAUUGAGUUCAGAAAGAAAUGAAGAUAUUAGUUUAUACAUGUGAGAGUAAUCACCAAAAAUAUAAAAAAAAAUAAACAUCACUAAUAUUACUAAAAAUCAGAUUUAUCAUCAAACCUGUCUGAGCACAAAAUGUGCAUUUGAGCAUAAGUACAGUUUCAUGAAUAUGGGUUCAGGAUUUAUUUAUUUUGCACAGUUGCACAAUUGACAAACUUAAUUAGACAGUUUAAGUCAAAUACACUAGUAUUGAAAAUUUGGAGGUAACUUUUCUUUAUUUCAAACAGUCCUAAUUAUUAAAUUAUGAUGUUUUGGAAAGCGGAUUUGUUCUGGUUUAAAUCUUUGAGGUUCCGAUGAAUUUCUAAUAAGAAUUAACAAUAGGUUGAAACAAAGUACAUGUGUGUGCAUCACUGGUCUUAUCAGGGGACUACUUUUUUUCAAUACACAAGAGUAAAAAGGACUGAAAGAACAGGUUAUGGGCAUUUUGGGGCAGCUUUCCUCCUCCUGUUUAAAGGGAUAUUCAGCACAAAUAAGCAUUUCAUUAGAUGUUUUUUAUAUAAACA